AUGGCUAUCAAGGUUAUAUUGAUAUUUUUCUGCUACAUUUUCGCGUCGACAUUGAACGCCGGACACCCUUUAUGGGAGUACUCCCAACGGGAUAUCAAAGCUAAUAAUGCAAGUCAUCCUCUUGCUAAACGCUGGGCAACUAUCAAUCCAAACUUAGGUACCUUUCAUCUAUGGCCGGAUAAGACUGUUCGCUUCGUCUUCGAAGAUAAGAAGUCAAAACAAGCUCUUGGACCUUGGAUUGUUGCGGCAAUGGAGAUAUGGUAUGCUGCAGGACUUCCCAGGGAUUUUAAAAUGACUGAAGUCUCCGAAAAAACAAUGAAAAAGGAACGAGCGAAUGUCCUGGUUGUAAAAUUCACUACAAAGCCGGCCCUAUACGCAACUCCCGCAAUACCGCCGAAGGAUGAAAAGAACGGGAUUAAGGGGCCUACCAUGCUUCUAAACAUAAGGAAUGACGUUGGAAUGCUAGACAUCGGGGCCAAUAUUGCCCACGAGAUCGGACAUGUCUUUGGAUUAUUACACGAGCAUCAAAUACCUGCUUUCUGGGGAACCCCUGGACAUUCAGAGUCGUUAUUCAAAUUCAAUUGUGAAAACUUGCAAGACUAUCAGAAAGUGACAAAGGGGCUGUCUGCAUCAGAGAUCGAAAAGGCCUGUACAGACCGUGCCACUGCUAUAAAACUGAGGUUCAGCGCUUCAGAAUAUCUUCCUAUUCGCUCAACAAUCAUGCGCACGCCAAGGGUUCCGGCUGUACCGACUGCCGAUGAUGUUGACUGGGAUUCUAUAAUGAUAUACCCUAGCGGUUCUGGAGCUGCAUCUCCCGACGGUACUGGUCCUGAAAAUGACUUACGAAAGAGCGUUUUAUUAAAAGCCAAUGGUGAUAAAAUCAAGCCAAACCUCGCCCCAAGUGACCAGGACGUAAACGCUUUGAUAACUCUCUACGACGUUAAAUUUAACACACCGCAACCAAAGCUACUAAACGACCCGUCACACCCGGAUUACUCAAAAUUUAAGGAAGAGUCAUCCAAAAACACAAAGUGUUAG